CACUGGCGCGCUCACCCACCGUCCCCACCCUGGUUGAAGCCCAUUGUCAUCACUUGCCCAAAACCUACCAGCCUUCCAGAGCUUUUCGCUGCUUCCAUGUCAGGCAUUGAAGAAGAGGCACAGAGAGAAACCUAGGCAGGAAAGCAGGGAGGCAGUACUUGUGGUGCAUUCCUUAAAGCUGAUUUUGCUGGCAGGAAAGGCACAGCUAGAUCAGACAUACAUUAAAGAUCUGGAAGAGAAGAGUCACUUGAAGUAUUUGAACGUGCAACUUGGGUACCUUGGAUAAAGAUCGUUCCUUCUAAGGAACAUUCUCCCUUGUAGAAACCUUCCAGGGGCUGGAGAGAGAGUAGUCGAGUGACUACAAGAACUUCAUCUAGAGUUUCUGCUGAAAUCCUCCAGGUAAAUUUAAGAAUCAAUCAAGGUCAUUAAUUCAACAAGGAGAAAGCCAGGGAUUUUAAGUUACAUAAAAAUAAUUGAAUACUACAUUUUGCAAACAUCACUCCAUAGUGAAACACCCCAAACCUUGAAGCCAGAACAUUUGGUACUUUAUAUAAAUACAGUAAAAGAAAAAAAAAGAAGUGUCUUCACAGCCACCCCAGAGGACACAUAAACAGCCCAAAACAAAGCCAUAUAUUAAGUGCAAAGGAAACUUUGAGUAGUCUUGCAAGUCACACAAUGUCACGUUGGGGACGGAAGAAUGUCAAGAAGGCCCCUGAGGUGAUCAGGACAGUCACUGAGGGCCUCAAGUCACUCUAUAGAAAGAAGCUUUUGCCGCUGGAGCAGUACUAUGGCUUCCAUGACUUCCACUCGCCGAGUCUGGAGGAUGCUGACUUCGACAACAAACCCAUGGUGCUAUUGGUUGGCCAGUACUCCACUGGAAAGACCACCUUCAUCAAGUAUUUGCUGGAACAGGAUGUGCCAGGGAGUCGCAUAGGGCCAGAGCCUACCACUGACUGCUUCACUGCUAUCAUGCAUGGAGAUAUGGAGGGGCUCAUUCCUGGAAAUGCUCUCAUAGUGGAUCCCAACAAACCCUUUCGCAAGCUCAAUCCCUUCGGAAACACCUUCCUCAACAGAUUCCAGUGUGCUCAACUGCCCAAUCAGGUCCUAGAGAGCAUCAGUAUCAUUGACACUCCAGGCGUCCUGUCUGGGGCCAAACAGAGAGUGAGCCGAGGAUAUGACUUCCCAGCUGUUCUCCGCUGGUUUGCUGAGCGCGUAGACCGGAUCAUCCUUCUCUUUGAUGCCCACAAGCUGGAGAUCUCAGAUGAAUUCUCAGAGGCCAUUGGGGCUCUCAGGGGCAAUGAAGACAAACUCCGUGUUGUGUUGAACAAGGCUGAUAUGGUUGAAACCCAGCAGCUCAUGCGAGUUUAUGGAGCUUUAAUGUGGUCUCUUGGGAAAGUGUUUGGUACUCCUGAAGUACUGAGAGUCUACAUCGGGUCCUUCUGGUCUGAGCCUCUAAUGGUGACCGAUAAUCGCAAGUUGUUUGAAUUGGAGGAGGAAGAUCUGUUCACUGAUAUCCAGAAUCUGCCCCGCAAUGCAGCCCUGCGCAAACUUAAUGACCUGGUCAAGAGGGCUCGUCUUGUGAGGGUACAUGCCCAUAUCAUAAGUUACUUGAAGCAGGAGAUGCCUUCUGUCUUCAGGAAGGACAAUAAAAAGAAGAACCUGAUCUACCAGCUCCCAGUCAUCUUCUCCAAGAUCCAGCUACAACAUCAUAUCUCACCUGGAGACUUCCCUGAUUGUGCUAAGAUGCAGGAGCAACUAAUGGCACAUGACUUCACCAAAUUCAGAGCCCUGAAGCCCAACCUGAUGGCAAUGCUGGAUGAGCUAUUGGCCAAUGACAUUGCCAAUCUGAUGCCCCUUCUCAGGCAGGAAGAAAUAGAGGCCGGCAUCCAACCUGGGGUCCAAGGUGGGGCCUUCUUGGGAACCCGUGCCGGACCCUUUGUGGAAGGUGACCCCUUUGGCGAGAAUGCAGAUGAAAAUGGCGAGGCAGGUGAGGAAGAUGAGGAAUGGAUUGUGACAAAGGACAAGCCCAAAUAUGAUGAGAUCUUCUACAACCUGGCACCAAACGAGGGCAAACUGAGCGGCACCAAAGCCAAAGAUUGGAUGGUGAGCACAAGGCUGCCCAAUUCUGUGCUGGGCCGCAUCUGGAAGCUCUCGGAUGUGGACCGCGAUGGCAUGCUGGAUGACGAGGAGUUUGCCCUGGCCAGCCACCUGAUUGAAGUGAAACUGGAUGGCCAUGGGUUGCCCCCAGAGCUACCCGCCCGUCUAGUGCCACCAUCCAAGCGUCGGCAAAAAGGCUCUGAUGCUUAGACAAUGCACAGAAUGCACAGUGCCCACAAUGCUUCAACUGAUUCCAUUGUCCUCACCUCCUGCAUGCUCUCAAGCCUCAUGUUUUUUGGUGCAAAUUUGUUCUUUUGCCAUUUUCUAACACAUAAUUAGUGUCUUUCAUUGUAUUCUCGCUCAAAAUUUCAAAGAUUUCUAGCUGGAAGCCAAAGAAUAUCGAGAUAAACCAAAGAUCGGUCUCAUUCAUUUGGAAGGAAUGUAGCAUGUGUCACCCAUUUUUAAUUCUGAGGGGAAAAUUAGACGUCCAUAUGACAUCAGAUCCAGAAAUCCUACACACAUUACUCAUUUAGUUGCUUGUUGUGGCUUUUGACCUGAGGAUUUGCAAACAGACUUUUGUAAAUAAUUGUCAUUCAUUUGCCUUAUUUGCUGUUGAAAUCUGUUGACACAGCAUUACAUACCUUUCAUGGCUUUUCCAUGCAGCUAUUAAGUUGUAGUCAAAUAAAAACCAUAAUGUGAAGUUUAGGCAAGCACUCAAAACUCCUUUGACUGCUCACUUGACUUUUUUGUUUUUGUUUUGUUGGAAUAAAUAUAUUUUCUAGCAUUUUUCUCUCUUUGCCUUUCACUAUGAAAGUGAAUAUACUGUAUGUGAUUUUUAUGCUGUUUUCUUUCUCUUAUUUUAUAUUGAAUGAGCUCUGUGCAUCUAAGAACGAAUGUCACAGGAUAUAAAUAUAAAAUCAUAUAUGUUAAAGUAAACAAAAUGUGGAAAUUUCUUACUGACUACUGUAAACAGUUUCACCGACUGCUUCGGUUAACUAACGUUAUCACAGUAAUAUACUGAGCUUAAUAAAGACCCGUUGACUGCUUC